AUGGUGAAAACUUUAUUCGAUAUAUCCAACGCAUUAGCACCUCCAGAUUUUGUUAGUAGCUGGGUGACAAUAUCUGCCUACUCUAAUCCUGAAAUAGACAUUUCACAUGGUUUAAACGAACUACCUCUUAAGGUUGAAGUUCAGAUCAAAGUGUUUGAUCAUAGUUUCUUAGGAAAGGACAUUUUGUUCUUAGCAACAGGAUCUGCACAGAGAGGAAAUGAUAAUGCUUUGCCAUUUGGGGGAGUUCUGUACGUAUAUAAUAAUGAAACAAUCAAGAUAAUGGCACCAGGCCCAAAAGGUUGUACAAAUCCGUAUUGUACAGGCUUUCUUGUGUAUUUAGGGAAAAACAGUACAUUUGGUGGCAAGGACCCAAUACAUAGAUCGUUUACAGAUGGAUUUGUAAGAGCAAGAGUUUGGAAAGCAUGCUCACUUCCGAGACCUCAAUUUAUCUCUGAAGAAAUUCAAAUGAGCUCAGGUGAUUCUAAGUCUAUAACAAAUGGACACAAUACAACGUGGGUUAUUGUAAGAGUACACAUUGAGCAAGACUGGGUUUAUGAGGCACAAGGUAGCGUCUUUUAUGAAACAUCAAGCCAUCCAUUUGGAGGUGUCAUUUUUGCAUUUCGUGAUCGUCAAAUCAGAUUAUGGGUGCCAAAAAGAGGAGCAGGAUCGUCGAAUGCUAAUGGUGUUCCGUUUAAUGCUAUAAAUGGUUGGGGUGAAUCUGGUGAUUUCGGAUAUAGCAAGACAGUUAGAGUGAGGGCAUUUGUAUGGGAUUUUAAAAGUUUUGACCGUAAUCCUAUCAUCGUGGAGCAAACGUCUUACAUCAACAAUGACAACUUUAUAUCUGUUCCACCUGGGUACUCUUUUCAUGACAACAACUUGCUUUUGUUUUCGAUAAAAGCAGAAAGUGGAAAUAAUCAGGGUUACCAGUUCUAUCCAGCUGGUUCAUCUAUGACAGACGGAACGACAGACAGUAAUAAUACAAAGUUUGGGUCAUUAGUUUAUGGCUUUACUGAUGACAAAAUUUACUAUUGGACACCUAAUUUCAACGCAUCAGGGUGUGUUCUGUUAUUGGAUGGUUUAUGGGGUUCACAGAAUCAACAACACUGUCUGAGUGCAAAUGACGUAACACUGAUGAUAACGUUAAGUGUGCUUGAAGUAGAAGAACCAGCAUGUGGAAUGUUACCAUGUGCAGGUGCAUCAGACAGAGGACCAGAAUGCAAAUGUACAGGAAGUGGAAUGGAAGGACAGUUCUGUGAUAUCAAUAUUUAUACUACAUCAAACUUUGUUGUAGGUGUUGGUUCGGGAAAUACUUCAACGGCCGUUUAUAUAGAACCUAGCUGUUUUGAAAACAAAAAUUUAUUCAGUAUUAGUUAUAAAGAUGAAAACAAUCCAUUACCUAUGCUGAUAACUAAUGAUAAUACGAUUUUUUUUGGUUAA